ACAAUUUAAUUUAUGUUGCCAUCACCAGAAGUAUAAUUCGACGAACACCGACAAAGAAGAACUCUUUGGUCAACGACCCCCUUUGCCCUAUAUCUCUUAUUUUUUUCGUUCUCUCUCUCUCUCUCUCUCUCUAUCUUGUGGGAUCGUCGACCGAUUAAAAGUUUUUUUUCAGAUUAGUGAAAAAAUUGUGCCUUUGAUAUGGAGUGUGAAGGGGAGCCAAAUGAAGACAAUGCAGAAUCUUCUACUGCAGGUCCACUCCAGCUAUGGAGUCAAUGGCAACUACUCGAUUCGAUUCUCCCCACGGGUGGAUUCGCUCAUUCGUUCGGUCUCGAAGCAGCCAUGCAAUCCCGAUUAGUCGUUUCAUCCGAAGACCUAAAAACCUACAUAAUCCACACACUAGAAAACACAGGCAGUCUUCUUCUUCCCUUCGUCUACUCCGCAACAAUCUCUCCAAACACACAAUCAUGGCACAACCUCGAUAAAACCCUAAACGCAACGCUAACAAACGAAAUCGCACGCAAGGCGUCGAUAGCUCAAGGUUCGGCACUCAUGCGAGUCGCAGCUUCCGUUUUUACGGAGAUCCCUUGUCUGAAAACGAUGAGAGCUGCUGCUUUGAGUGGGGGUGUCUAUUUCCACCACGCCCCUGUUUUCGGGCUUGUGUGCGGGCUUCUUGGUUUUGAUGCAGAGACUACUCAGCGAGCGUACAUGUUUAUAACCAUGAGGGACGUUAUAUCCGCUGCGACUCGGCUGAAUUUAGUGGGGCCACUUGGAGCGGCUGUGCUGCAGCACAAUGUGGGACCGAUUGCCGAGAGCUUGUCGAUCAAGUGGAUGAAUCGAGGCGUUGAGGAGGCUUGCCAGACGUGCCCUUUGCUCGACACGAUACAAGGUUGUCAUGGGUAUUUGUUUUCUAGAUUGUUUUGUUCUUGAUGAUGCACCUAGGAAAUUGAAUCAAAACCCUCUUAUUGUUUUUGCUCUCUAAUUAAUCUUGUGAUUGUUACAUAAUUUUCAUGUGAUUAAUAUUACAGAUGAGAAUUAUUUUA